UUUAACUUUAAUAUAAUUAAGGAAUACAAUACCCAAGUGAUAUUGAUGUGUGCUGUUAAGAAGAAAUGAGGUUAUGACGGUAUGAUAUAACCAAAAAAAACGCAACUUUUUUUUUCUUUUUUUUUUACUCACUUUUGUUACUGACAAGCUCGGCCAUGAAGCAGAGCUGACAGGAAGUUAAAAUUCUGGAGCAGCAAUGUUUCUUCUGUUUUUAUUAUAACCUUAGAAAUAUAACAUAGGGUAAAAAUGGAAGCCUUAGAAAGAAACCAGGAAUCUCUGAAAGUUGUCAUUGAAGAAACUAGUGAUGUAAAUGAACCAAAUAAGGUGGAAGAAGAAGAACCUAAGACACCAAGAGCAUAUCAUAGGAGAAAAUCAUCUUUACAAUUACGGAGAAGUACGUCAGAGGAUAAUCCAGGUUUACCAGUGAGCAUAUCGUACAAGGCUGGAGAUGAUACAGUUGAAGUUUCAAAUUUAAGUGAUGGAAGUUUUGCUAUUGACUCAACAUAUGAACCACCAAUCUCAGAUUUGGAUCUUCUUCUGGCAGCAACAUAUGAAAGAGGAUGCAAGAGAGGGAAGGCAUUCGGACUUUAAAGUAUCA